GAACAUCUUUGUUUGACAAACUCUGACAGAGACCUGGAGGACAGCCAUGUUUGCAGCCAAUCAAGAGAUCCAGCUGUAAGAGACAAGAGGCGGUCGCCCCCCUCCAACAGAUCCCCCUCCUCCCAACAACGCAACCCUCACCACAGCACAGAGGAACAGGAGAGCCCAGAGAGAGUGGUGCAGAAGGAGAAGCUACAUGCAGAGCUGAAGCAGGUGUUGAGUCAAAAGAGAAGUCACCUGAGAGAGUCCACCUGCCAACCGGCCCAACCAGAGAUGGACUCAGAGCCCACAGACCAGCAGACAUGUGUGGAAGAAGCCUCUCCAUCCAUGGAGAUCGUGGUGGAGACGGAGGCGGAGGCUGGAGCCAGCGGCUACAGUGUGACUGGUGGAGGACAGCGAGGGAUCUUUGUGAAAGAUGUCCUCAGAGACUCACCAGCUGCUAAACAUCUCAGUCUCCAGGAAGGGGACCAGCUGCUGAGUGCCAAGGUCUACUUUGACAACGUGAAGUAUGAAGACGCUCUGAAGAUCCUUCAGUGCGCCGAGCCAUAUAAGGUCAGCUUCCAGCUGAAGAGGAUCAUCCCUGGAUUAGAGAUCUGCGUACGGCCUCGUGUUCCCAGUGUGGAGGUCAAAGGUCCCAAAGCCAAGGUGGCCAAAAUGAGUAUGAAGGGCAGCAAGCAGUGCAAGGCCAAGAAGAUGAGGGGUGGGCGUUUUGGUCUGAAGAGGCUGAAGGAGAAGCGCAGAGAGGAGCUGGUGAUUGAGGGACAGCCUACCACGCUGGAGAUGAGUGACGUAGACGUGGAGUUUUCUCUCCCAAAGUUCAAACCGAGGAAGAGCACUAAGGCUGAAGCAGAAGGAGCCGAGGGAGCAGCAGCUGUGGGGAAGGCCAAGAGGAGGAUCAGGUUUCCCCACAUGAAAACAAAGGUUCUCACUGGGGACAUCACAGGAGGUAAAGUGGAAACAGAACAUCUCGAGGGAGAGGUGAACAUCUCUCCACCUGAGAUACCUGGAGCUAAAGUGAAAACCAAAGUAAAAGGACACAAGUUUGGAAUCAACUUCCCUAAGAGCAAACACACAAAGUCAAGCUCAGCAUUGGAGACUGGAUCUGUGGAGCUGAAGCCCCCUGGGGUGAACAUCCAGCCACCGUCAGUGGAGUUUAGUUUGUCUGGAGAUAAAAACAUAGACAUAGAGAUGGGAGGAGUUAAGCUUAAUGCGCCUGAUGUGGAGUUUGCACUACCUUCCGGAAAAGCUGAGGCGUCUUUGCCCGCUGUGAAGGGAGAGGCUAAAAUCAAAGCUCCUAAGAUCAACAUCAAAGGAGGCUCUGAUGCAGAGGCUACAAGUGGUAAAAUGAAUGUAGACUCAGGCAAAGGAGAUGCAAAGCUAAGAAUGCCAAAGUUGAAACUGCCAAAAGUUAGACUCUCACGCCAUUCGGAUGAGAUAGAUGGUGAGAUUAAGGUGAAAGCCAAAGGUAUGAAUGUGCCUCAAACUGACAUUACACCUCCAAAAGUAGAACUCAAAGGAGGUGGUAAGAUCAAUCUCCCUGAGGCAAACAUUUCAAAAUCAAAGAUGGAAGUUGAUCUCUCGGGAAACGCUGCAUCUGUUGAAAUGCCUUCUCUUGAUAUUUCUUUACCACACGUGAAGGGAAAGUCUGACAUGGAGAUUUCGCUCCCAAAGUACGAAGGAGCUGGGAAGACAGCAAUCAAAAUGCCUGCCAUGGACAUCUCUGUGCCUGAAGUAGAUUUGGAAUUUGACACUGGAUGCAGAAUUCCUGAUGAGGUAGAGGGCACUUUCACAGGGCCCAAAAUCUCCAGGCCAAAGGUUGACAUCUCAUUACCAAAGAUGGGUCCAUCAAAUGUGAACAUUGAAAGUCCAGAAGGUGGAGGAAAAUUUGGUCUACCUUCUGUUGACAUAGCUCUCCCAAAGGUGGAAGCAGAGGGGGACGAUGUAGAUAUGCACUACUUUGUUGGUGGAGAUGGGAAGUUCAAAAUGCCUGAGUUUGACAUAUCGCUUCCAAAGAUGAAGUCACCAGAAGGAGAAGUACAUUUUAAAGGAGAAGGCUUUAAAUUACCCAUGGUAGACCUGAUACUUCCUGAAGGCAAAACUGGAACAACUGAUGUUGGAGGAGGAGGAGCAUUUCAGUUACCAACGUUUGACAUCUCCAUCCCUAAAAUGAAGACAGGUGAGGUGGACAUCGAAGGCCCUGAAAUAAAAGGUGGGAAGAUCAAAGUGCCCACUGUUGAUAUCUCUGUUCCCAAGGGAACCGUAGAGGAGCAUUUGAACAUUGGGAUCAGUGAAUUCAAAGGUGGUAAAUGCAAUAUGCCCUCUGUAGACAUUUCUCUCCCAAAAGUGGAGGUACCUGAAGGAGACUUGAGCCUAGAAUGCCCCAAACUUCCAAAUGUUGACUAUUCCCUCCCCACGGCAAACUUGGGGGGCAACAUGGAGUUAGAGAGCAGUGUUGGUAGUGGAGCCAAGUUCAAGCUGCCAACUUUUGACAAAACACUCCCAAAGAUGAAAAACAAGGAAGGAGAGGUUAAUAUUCAAGGACCUAAUAUUAAAGGAGGAGCAAAGUUCAACACGCCUUCUUUAGAUGUGUCACUACCAAAGAUUAAGAUGCCUGAGGGAAAUAUUGGACUUGAGGGACACUCCGUUGAUAUCUCUCUUCCAAAGGGGAAAGUUGAGGUUUCUCUCCCUACAAUUAAAUCAAAGAAAGGUGACAUCAAAAUCAAGGGAUCAGACAUCAAGGCUGGGGAAAUGAAGAUGCCAACUAUUGAGAUUUCAACCCCACCAGGAACAUCACAAGGCAAAUUCACUGCUGAGGGUGAAGGAAGAGGUGCUGAAUUCAGCUUGCCAUCUGCAAACAUCGCUCUUCCUGCAAUAAAAAUCCCUGAAAGAGAUGUGAAUUUACAAGGCCCAAAAGUCAAGGGUAGGACAUUUCAAAUGCCAAAAAUCAACUUCUUGUUUCCCAAAGGAAAAGCAAAGGGAGAUAUUGACAUUGAUGUUCACUCUGGAAAAGAUGGGAAUUUUGAAAUACCAUCCUAUGAUAUUGGACUACCUAAAGGAAAAGUCAAAGGCCCUAAGCUUAAGGGAGGAAAAAUCAACAUGCCAGACAUUGACUUGUCUCUCCCCAAAGGCAAGGCUGACCUCAGUAUUGAGGGUCCUGAGGUAAAAGGAGGAAAACUCAAAACACCUACAUUUGAUGUUUCACUUCCGAAAAUGAAGCUGCCAGAGGGCAAUGUGGAAAUUCCCACGGUUGAUAUUUCACUCCCAAAAGUAAAAAUAGCAGGAGAUAUCGAUAUGCAAGGACCUGAAAUCAAAGGUGACAUGUCCCUACCUAAAAUGAAGUCUCCAGAGGUAGAUAUCAGCCUUGAAGGUCCUGAUGUUAGAGGAGGAAAGUUUAACUUGCCAACUGUUGACAUUUCACUCCCUAAAGGAAACCUUGAGGGUGACCUUAAAGUUGAAGGUCCUGAGGUAAAAGGGGGUACAUUUAAAAUGCCAACAUUUGAUAUGUCUUUCCCAAAAAUGAAUUUCCCAGACGGUGAUGUCAAACUUAAAGGCCCAGAUAUCAAAGGAGAGAAGAUUGCAAUGCCAGACAUUGAUAUUUCACUUCCCAAAGUAAAAGCAGGAGGAGAAAUGUCAGGACAUGCUGGGAAAGGAGGCAAGUUCCAUAUGCCUUCUUUUGAUAUCUCUCUUCCCAAAAUGAAAGCUAAGGGGCCAGAGGUCAACAUAGAAGGUCCUGAACAGAAGGGAGGAAAAAUCGACAUGCCAGACAUUGACCUUUCACUCCCAAAAGGAAAGGCUGAUGUUGAUCUCAAUAUUGAGGGUCAUGAGGGAAAAGGAGGAACAUUCAAAAUGCCCAAAUGUGACAUUUCACUUCCAAAGAUGAACCUGCCAGAGGGCAAUCUGGAAAUGCCAAAGGUUGAUAUCUCACUCCCAAAAGGAAAGGUAAAGGGAGAUGUUGACAUAGAGGGACCUGACUUUAAAGGUGACGUUUCAUUCCCCAAGGGAAGAGUUGAGGGAGACAUCGAUGUGGAGGGUCCUGAGGCGAAGGGUGGCACAUUUAAAAUGCCAACAUUUGAUGUCUCAAUGCCAACAGUUAGUCUCCCAAAGGGUGAUGUCAAGCUUAAAGGCCCAGACAUGAAGGGAGGGAAGAUCGAGAUGCCAGACAUUGAUAUUUCACUGCCUAAAGGAAAGGCAGGAGGACACAUUGAAAUCGAAGGACAUGGUGCAAAAGGAGGCAAGUUCCAUAUGCCCUCUGUUGAUAUCUCUCUUCCCAAAAUGAAAGCUAGGGGGGCAGAGAUAAACAUUGAAGGUCCUGAAGUUAAAGGUGGAAAGCUAAACAUGCCUUCACUUGAUGUUUCUCUGCCCAUAAAAUCUCCCAAUGUAGAUAUCAGCCUUGAGGGUCCUGAUGUUAAAGGAGGAAAGGUCAACAUCCCAACUGUUGACAUUUCACCUCCCAGAGGAAGGGUUGAGGGGGAGAUAAAUGUUGAAGGCCCUCAGUUGAAAGGAGGGAAAUUCAAAAUGCCAAAAUGUGAUGUUUCUCUACCAAAAGCGAGUCUACCAAAUGUUGAUGCCAAUGUAGAAGGAACCGAUUUGAAAGGAAAAAUGUAUAUGCCAACUGUUGACCUUUCACUUCCAAAAGGAAAAGCAGAUGUGGAUAUAGACAUUGAUGGGCAUGGUGGUAAAGGAGGCAAGUUUCACAUGCCCUCACUCGAUAUCUCUCUUCCUAAAAUCAAAGCAAAGGGACCUGAUCUUAAUAUCAAAGGACCUGAAAUCAAAGGUGACAUGUCCCUACCUAAAAUGAAGUCUCCAGAGGUAGAUAUCAGCCUUGAAGGUCCUGAUGUUAGAGGAGGAAAGUUUAACUUGCCAAUUGUUGACAUUUCACUCCCUAAAGGAAACCUUGAGGGUGACCUUAAAGUUGAAGGUCCUGAGGUAAAAGGGGGUACAUUUAAAAUGCCAACAUUUGAUAUGUCUUUCCCAAAAAUGAAUUUCCCAGACGGUGAUGUCAAACUUAAAGGCCCAGAUAUCAAAGGAGAGAAGAUUGCGAUGCCAGACAUUGAUAUUUCACUUCCCAAAGUAAAAGCAGGAGGAGAAAUGUCAGGACAUGCUGGGAAAGGAGGCAAGUUCCAUAUGCCCUCUUUUGAUAUCUCUCUUCCCAAAAUGAAAGCUAAGGGGCCAGAGGUCAACAUAGAAGGUCCUGAACAGAAGGGAGGAAAAAUCGACAUGCCAGACAUUGACCUUUCACUCCCAAAAGGAAAGGCUGAUGUUGAUCUCAAUAUUGAGGGUCCUGAGGGAAAAGGAGGAACAUUCAAAAUGCCCAAAUGUGACGUUUCACUUCCAAAGAUGAACCUGCCAGAGGGCAAUCUGGAAAUGCCAAAGGUUGAUAUCUCACUCCCAAAAGGAAAGGUAAAGGGAGAUGUUGACAUAGAGGGACCUGACUUUAAAGGUGACGUUUCACUCCCCAAGGGAAGAGUUGAGGGAGACAUCGAUGUGGAGGGUCCUGAGGCGAAGGGUGGCACAUUUAAAAUGCCAACAUUUGAUGUCUCAAUGCCAACAGUUAGUCUCCCAAAGGGUGAUGUCAAGCUUAAAGGCCCAGACAUGAAGGGAGGGAAGAUCGAGAUGCCAGACAUUGAUAUUUCACUGCCUAAAGGAAAGGCAGGAGGACACAUUGAAAUCGAAGGACAUGGUGCAAAAGGAGGCAAGUUCCAUAUGCCCUCUGUUGAUAUCUCUCUUCCCAAAAUGAAAGCUAGGGGGGCAGAGAUAAACAUUGAAGGUCCUGAAGUUAAAGGUGGAAAGCUAAACAUGCCUUCACUUGAUGUUUCUCUGCCCAAAAUAAAAUCUCCCAAUGUAGAUAUCAGCCUUGAGGGUCCUGAUGUUAAAGGAGGAAAGGUCAACAUCCCAACUGUUGACAUUUCACCUCCCAGAGGAAGGGUUGAGGGGGAGAUAAAUGUUGAAGGCCCUCAGUUGAAAGGAGGGAAAUUCAAAAUGCCAAAAUGUGAUGUUUCUCUACCAAAAGCGAGUCUACCAAAUGUUGAUGCCAAUGUAGAAGGAACCGAUUUGAAAGGAAAAAUGUAUAUGCCAACUGUUGACCUUUCACUUCCAAAAGGAAAAGCAGAUGUGGAUAUAGACAUUGAUGGGCAUGGUGGUAAAGGAGGCAAGUUUCACAUGCCCUCACUCGAUAUCUCUCUUCCUAAAAUCAAAGCAAAGGGACCUGAUCUUAAUAUCAAAGGACCUGAAAUCAAAGGUGACAUGUCCCUCCCUAAACUGAAGUCUCCAGAGGUAGAUAUCAGCCUUGAAGGUCCUGAUGUUAAAGGAUCAACGUUUAACUUGCCAACUGUUGACAUUUCACAACCUAAAGGAAACCUUGAGGGUGACCCUAAAGUUGAAGGUCCUGAGGUAAAAGGGGGUACAUUUAAAAUGCCAACAUUUGAUAUGUCUUUCCCAAAAAUGAAUUUCCCAGACGGUGAUGUCAAACUUAAAGGCCCAGAUAUCAAAGGAGAGAAGAUUGCGAUGCCAGACAUUGAUAUUUCACUUCCCAAAGUAAAAGCAGGAGGAGAAAUGUCAGGACAUGCUGGGAAAGGAGGCAAGUUCCAUAUGCCCUCUUUUGAUAUCUCUCUUCCCAAAAUGAAAGCUAAGGGGCCAGAAGUCAACAUAGAAGGUCCUGAACAGAAGGGAGGAAAAAUCGACAUGCCAGACAUUGACCUUUCACUCCCAAAAGGAAAGGCUGAUGUUGAUCUCAAUAUUGAGGGUCCUGAGGGAAAAGGAGGAACAUUCAAAAUGCCCAAAUGUGACGUUUCACAAUUGAAAACACCAACUGUUGACAUUUCAAUACCCAAAGCAAACCUUAAUGUCGAGGGAUCUAAGGUUUUGGGAGGUACAUUUAAAAUGCCCAAAUUUGAUAUGUCUUUACCAAAAGCAAAUCUGCCAGAGGGUGAUGUCAAACUCAAAGGCCCGGAAAUCAAGGGGGGGAGGAUUGAGAUGCCCAACAUUGAUAUGUCACUUCCCAAAGGAAAAGCAAGAGGUGAAAUGGAAAUUGAAGGACAUGCUGGAAAAGGAGUCAAGUUCCAUAUGCCCUCUGUUGAUUUCUCUCUUCCGAAAAUGAAAGCUAAGGGACCAGAGAUUCAUAUUAAAGGCCCUGAAUUUAAGGAAGGAAAUAUCAACAUGUCAGACAUUGACCUGUCAGUUCCCAAAGGAAAGGCUGGCAUCAGUAUUGAGGGUCCUGAGGUAAAAGGAAGAAUAUUCAAAACGCCUACAUUUGACGUGUCACUUCCAAAGAUGAACCUGCCAGAGGGCAAUGUCAAAGUUGAAGGACCAAAGAUUAAGGGAGGAGAGAUCUCAACACCAGAUGUUGAUAUUUCAGUUCCUGUUGGAAAAUUAGAGGGAGAUAUCAGCUUUGAAGGACCGUCUGGAAGGGGAAAGUAUGAAUUGCCAAAGGUGGACUUAUCUGGUGUUGGGCUCCAUAUGCCAACUCUUGACAUAAAUCUCCCCAAAUUUGAUCUUGACCUUAGCAUUCCCUCUGGUCAUAAAGACAAAAGCCUCAAAGUGGACACCUCUUGGCCCGAAGCAUCAGGAGAUUUAAAGAUGUCUGGUCGCAUAGGAGAAAUCAAUCCAGCCAAGGUGAAAGUAAAGUGUACAGACAUUGCGACAGGUGGUGUAGAAGCUCCAGGUGCAUCCCUCAAACCUCCUACUAUCAGCGGUGUUCUUAAAGCCGAGGGAGGCAGGCCUUCUUCAGGGGGCAGCUUUGAUCUGCCUGAUGUUUCCCUCAAAUUCCCAAGUUUCUCUCUACCAAGGUUUGGUGGAAAGUCUAAGAGUGGUGAUUUUGCAAUGUCUGUCCCCAAAGGAGACAUUUCCCUCAGCUCACCGCAUGUGGAAGGAGAGAUAAGGGCACCAUCAGUAGAGUUUGAUGGGGACGGAAAAGUCAAGGUGAAAAAACCUAAAAUUAAAAUGCCUUCAUUUGGUGUAUCCAAAAAGCAUGCAGAUGUAUCCGUGUCUUGUCCUGAUGUGGAUGUUAAAGUUAAAAAGGGAAAAUUCCCCAAGUUUAAAAUAUCACCAAAAAGUCAGCUCCCAGAGGGAGGGGUUGAUGCUGAGCUGGGGGCAGAUGUUGAAGGGAAAGGUGGCUUCCAUGCCCCUGACGUCACUCUCAAACUACCAAAGUUCUCAAUGCCAGGAUUUGGCUCUAAAGAGAAAGAUUUAGGUAAGCAAAGUGUUAACUUUGAGUCUAAAGCCAAGGUUAAGAUGCCCUCUGUUGAGUUCUCACUACCAGCAGCUAAGACACCAGAGACUGAGGUUUUGUUACCUAAAGCAGAGGUGGAUGUCUCAGAGGCUGAUAUCAGAGGUUAUGAGGUAAGCCUCAACAUUCCAAAAAUGCCAACAAUUGACAUUUCCAUCCCCAAAGUAGACCUGGAUGUGUCCCUGCCUAGAGUAGAGCAUGAUGCAAAGACUGAUGGAAAAGGGGGCAAAUUCAAGUUGCCUGGAAUCAAGAUGCCUGACAUUGAUCUGUCCCUUAGAGGGAAAACUGGGGACCUAAAAAUGCCAGAUGUUGACAUCUCUCUGCCUAAAGGAAAGAUUGAAGGUCCAGAUUUUGGAAUGGAAGGGGGAACCGGAGGAAAAUUCAGAAUGCCGCACAUGAGAAUGCCCAACAUCGACAUCUCCCUGCCCAAAGGAAGGAUUGAGGGUUCAGAGAUGGAAAUCGAAGGCGAGGGUGGAAAGUUUAAAAUGCCUCAUCUCAACAUGCCUUCAGUUGACAUUUCACUUCCCAAAGGAAAGAUAGAAGGUCCCGAUUUUAAAAUGGGGGGAGGUACAGGAGGAAAGUUCAAAAUGCCUCACAUAAAAAUGCCAGAUGUUGCCAUCUCUUUGCCCAAGGGAAGGAUUGAAGGUCCAGACGUUGAAAUGGAAGGAAGUCAAGGAGGAAAGUUCAAAAUGCCUGAUGUGAAAAUGCCAGAUGUUGACAUCUCUCUGCCUAAAGGAAAGAUUGAAGGUCCAGAUGUUGGAAUGGAAGGAGGUACAGGUGGAAGAUUCAAAAUGCCUCACAUGAAAAUGCCCAACAUCGACCUUUCUCUGCCUAAAGGAAAGAUUCAGGGUCCAGAUGUUGAAAUGGAAGGAGGUACAGGAGGAAAGUUCAAAAUGCCUCAGAUGAAAAUGCCAGAUGUUGACAUCUCUCUGCCCAAGGGAAGGAUUGAGGGUCCAGAGAUGGCUAUCAAGGGAGAUGGUGCUAAAUUCAAGAUGCCACAUCUCAGUCUGCCCUCUGUUGAUGUUUCACUUCCUAAAGGAAAGAUCGGUGAUCCGGAUAUUGAAAUAGAAGGAGGCACCGGAGGCAAAUUUAAAAUGCCGCACUUGAAAAUGCCCAACAUUGACAUCUCUCUGCCCAAAGAGGAUAUCGAAGGUCCAGGCGUUGAAAUGGAGGGAAGUAAAGGUGGAAGAUUCAAAAUGCCUCACAUAAAAAUGCCAGAUGUUGACAUCUCUCUGCCCAAAGGAAGGAUUGAAGGUCCAGAUGUUGAAAUGGAAGGAGGUACAGGUGGAAGAUUCAAAAUGCCUCACAUGAAAAUGCCAGAUGUUGGCAUCUCUCUGCCCAAAGGAAGGAUUGAAGGUCUAGAUGUUGAAAUGGAAGGAAGUCAAGGAGGAAAGUUCAAAAUGCCUGAUGUGAAAAUGCCAGAUGUCGACAUCUCUCUGGCCAAAGGAAAGAUUGAAGGCCCAGAUUUUGGAAUAGAAGGAGGAACCGGAGGAACAUUCAAAAUGCCUCACAUGAGAAUGCCCAACAUCGACAUCUCUCUGCCCAAAGGAAAGAUUGAGGGUUCAGAGAUGGAAAUCGAAGGCGAAGAUGGAAAGUUUAAAAUGCCUCAUCUCAACAUGCCUUCAGUUGAUAUUUCACUUCCCAAAGGAAAGAUGGAAGGUCCCGAUUUUAAAAUGGGGGGAGGUACAGGAGGAAAGUUCAAAAUGCCUCACAUGAAAAUGCCAGAUGUUGACAUCUCUCUGCCCAAGGGAAAGAUUGAAGCUCCAGACGUUGAAAUGGAGGGAGGUAAAGGUGGAAGAUUCAAAAUGCCUCACAUGAAAAUGCCCAACAUUGGCAUCUCUCUGCCUAAAGGAAAGAUCGAGGGUCCAGAUGUUGAAAUGGAAGGAAGUCAAGGAGAAAAGUUAAAAAUGCCUCACACGAAAAUGCCAGAUGUUGACAUCUCUCUGCCUAAAGGAAAGAUUGAAGGUCCAGAUGUUGGAAUGGAAGGAGGUACAGGUCGAAAAUUCAAAAUGCCUCACAUGAAAAUACCCAACAUCGACCUCUCUCUGUCCAAAGGAAGGAUUGAGGGUUCAGAUGUUGAAAUCAAAAUGCCAGAUGUUGACAUAUCUCUGCCCAAGGGAAGGAUUGAGGGUCCAGAGAUGGCUAUCAAGGGAGAUGGUGCUAAAUUCAAGAUGCCACAUCUCAGUAUGCCCUCUGUUGAUGUUUCACUUCCUAAAGGAAAGAUCGGUGAUCCGGAUAUUGAAAUAGAAGGAGGCACCGGAGGCAAAUUUAAAAUGCCGCACUUGAAAAUGCCCAACAUUGACUUCUCUCUGCCCAAAGGAAAGAUUGAAGGUCCAGAUGUUGAAAUGGAUGGAGGUACAGGAGGAAAGUUCAAAAUGCCUCAGAUCAAAAUGCCAGAUGUUGACAUCUCUCUGCCCAAGGGAAGGAUUGAGGGUCCAGAGAUGGCUAUCAAGGGAGAUGGUGCUACAUUCAAGAUGCCACAUCUCAGUAUGCCCUCUGUUGAUGUUUCACUUCCUAAAGGAAAGAUCGGUGAUCCGGAUAUUGAAAUAGAAGGAGGCACCGGAGGCAAAUUUAAAAUGCCGCACUUGAAAAUGCCCAACAUUGACAUCUCUCUGCCCAAAGAGGAUAUCGAAGGUCCAGGCGUUGAAAUGGAGGGAAGUAAAGGAGGAAGAUUCAAAAUGCCUCACAUGAAAAUGCCUAACAUUGGCAUCUCUCUGCCCAAAGGAAGGAUUGAAGGUCCAGAUGUUGAAAUGGAAGGAAGUCAAGGAGGAAAGUUCAAAAUGCCUGAUGUGAAAAUGCCAGAUGUCGACAUCUCUCUGGCCAAAGGAAAGAUUGAAGGCCCAGAUUUUGGAAUAGAAGGAGGAACUGGAGGAAAAUUCAAAAUGCCUCACAUCAGAAUGCCCAACAUCGACAUCUCUCUGCCCAAAGGAAAGAUUGAGGGUUCAGACAUUGAAAUGGAGGGAGGUUAUGGAGGAGCAUUCAAAAUGCCUCACAUGCAAAUUCCCAACAUCGACAUCUCCCUGCCCAAAGGAAGGAUUGAGGGUUCAGAGAUGGAAAUCGAAGGCGAAGAUGGAAAGUUUAAAAUGCCUCAUCUCAACAUGCCUUCAGUUGAUAUUUCACUUCCCAAAGGAAAGAUGGAAGGUCCCGAUUUUAAAAUGGGGGGAGGUACAGGAGGAAGAUUCAAAAUGCCUCACAUGAAAAUGCCAAACAUUGGCAUCUCUCUGCCCAAAGGAAGGAUUGAAGGUCCAGAUGUUGAAAUGGAAGGAAGUCAAGGAGGAAAGUUCAAAAUCCCUGAUGUGAAAAUGCCAGAUGUCGACAUCUCUCUGCCCAAAGGAAAGAUUGAAGGCCCAGAUUUUGGAAUAGAAGGAGGAACCGGAGGAAAAUUCAAAAUGCCUCACAUGAGAAUGCCCAACAUCGACAUCUCCCUGCCCAAAGGAAAGAUUGAGGGUUCAGACAUUGAAAUGGAGGGAGGUUAUGGAGGAGCAUUCAAAAUGCCUCACAUGCAAAUUCCCAACAUCGACAUCUCCCUGCCCAAAGGAAGGAUUGAGGGUUCAGAGAUGGAAAUCGAAGGCGAAGAUGGAAAGUUUAAAAUGCCUCAUCUCAACAUGCCUUCAGUUGAUAUUUCACUUCCCAAAGGAAAGAUGGAAGGUCCCGAUUUUAAAAUGGGGGGAGGUACAGGAGGAAAGUUCAAAAUGCCUCACAUGAAAAUGCCAGAUGUUGACAUCUCUCUGCCCAAGGGAAGGAUUGAAGGUCCAGAUGUUGAAAUGGAAGGAAGUCAAAGAGGAAAGUUCAAAAUGCCUGAUGUGAAAAUGCCAGAUGUUGACAUCUAUCUGUCUAAAGGAAAGAUUGAAGGUCCAGAUGUUGGAAUGGAAGGAGGUACAGGAGGAAAGUUCAAAAUGCCUCAGAUGAAAAUGCCCAACAUCGACUUCUCUCUGCCUAAAGGAAAGAUUCAGGGUCCAGAUGUUGAAAUGGAUGGAGGUACAGGAGGAAAGUUCAAAAUGCCUCAGAUCAAAAUGCCAGAUGUUGACAUCUCUCUGCCCAAGGGAAGGAUUGAGGGUCCAGAGAUGGCUAUCAAGGGAGAUGGUGCUAAAUUCAAGAUGCCACAUCUCAGUAUGCCCUCUGUUGAUGUUUCACUUCCUAAAGGAAAGAUCGGUGAUCCGGAUAUUGAAAUAGAAGGAGGCACCGGAGGCAAAUUUAAAAUGCCGCACUUGAAAAUGCCCAACAUUGACAUCUCUCUGCCCAAAGAGGAUAUUGAAGGUCCAGGCGUUGAAAUCGAGGGAAGUAAAGGAGGAAGAUUCAAAAUGCCUCACAUGAAAAUGCCUAACAUUGACAUAUCUCUGCCCAAAGGAAGGAUUGAGGGUCCAGAUAUUGAAAUGGAUGGAGGUACAGGAGGAACGUUCAAAAUGCCUCAGAUGAAAAUGCCAGAUGUUGACAUCUCUCUGCCUAAAGGAAAGAUUGAUGCUUCAGGGAUGGAGAUCAAAGGUGAUGGUGGGAAAUACAAGAUGCCACAUCUCACCAUGCCCUCUAUUGGUAUUUCACAUCCCAAAGGAAAGAUUGAAAGUACAGAUUUUGAAAUAGAGGGAGGUGCUGAGGGAAAGAUCAAAAUGCCUAGCUGGAAAAUGCCAGAUUUUGACAUUUCUCUGCCAAAGAAAAAAAUGGAAGGCCCUAAAGUUGAAAUACAGGGGGGUGAAGGAGGAAAUGUCAAUAUGCAUGAUGUGGACCUAUCUCUCCCUAAAGGAAAACUGGAGGCUGAGGGAAGAACCAGCAAGCUGCCGCAUAUCAAGAUGCCAAAAGUUGAUAUUUUACUUCCUAAAAGUAAAAGUAAAGAUAUUGAAACAUUGAAUCCAUCCUGUGAAGCAGAGAUCAAUUUACCAGCUGUUGAAUUAGGAGGGGAAAUUGUGCCAAAAGUGUCAUCACCAGAGUUGGACGUCGAUGCAACACUGAAUAGACCUAAACAAGGCACAGAAGCUCUUGGGGAAGCUGACUUGCAUGUUGAGGGGGAGCACAAAGGCCUCAAACUUAAGAUACCUACAAUAGACAUCAAAUGUCCAAAAGGCGACCUGGAGCUGGAUUUAGGACUUUAUAGAGGAGAGGGCAAGAAGGACAGGAAAAAGAUGGAACUACCUGAUUUAGAUAUCAGCACAGCAGGAACCAGCAGCAAAGUAAAGGGCCCUAAAGUCAAAGGAACAAAAUUCCACAUUGGGAUGCCAAAAAAGAAGACUGGUCGAGAUGUAAAAGCAGAAGCAAAAAUAUGCAAAAACUGCGGUGAUGAAGAUUUAGGUGGUCAUAUCAAACACAAAUGCAAGAGAAACGAAACAUUUAAGUACGAAGUUGAAAUUGAAACACAUAAUGGACAUAAAAAUAACAAAGGUCGUGUUAACAUCCCAGUACCAGAGUGUACUUUACCAAGUGUUUGUCUGACAAACAAACAAGGCUCGGCUGACUUUGGAACAGCGGGAGAGGGUGGCUUCUCAUCAUCCAGAGCAGAAAUGAGAGUGCCCAGGAUUCCAGACAUAGAUUUUGACAUAGGUACAACACAGGAUGAAGAUGAGGACGGAACAGAAAAAGACAAGAAAGUCAAAAUCCCUAAGUUUGGGGUCCCAUUACCCUCCAUCUCCUCUCCUAAGGGAAGAAUGAAUAUCACUGGGCCAGAAAUUCAGUAUGAGGGUCCUAAAAUGCCUAAAGUAAAGAAAGCUGUAUUUGUCUUGGUAAAUCCUCCUCAAACAGGUGAGCCCACUGCAUGCUCACACCUCCCAAAAGAGGAGGCGACAGCUCAGGCUGAAACAGAAGGAUUUAACGUGAAGUUGCCAAAAAUCAUAAUGAAGCCAAACUUUGGGAAGUCCAAAGAAAAAUCAGCUGCUGUGUCGUUUUCUCCUAGCGAAUCAGGGUCCUUUGAUGUCAAUCUUAAGGGUGACGGUUCAAGAUCCAAUUUCAAUGGUGCAAAAGAUCCUCACAUAAGCUCCAAGGAUGAUAAAGGGACAUUCAGCGGCAAAAUCAAUCUUCCAAAGGUACAGUUAACAUCUCCAUAUGGCAAGAUGUCUGUAGAGGGGGAGGACUCUGGCAUGAAUAUGAAACUGGGAAAGGAUUUAACAACAGUACACAUGGAGGAAUUCACUAAAGAACUUAAAGUAAAAUCAGGCAACAUGGCCUUCUCUGGUUUUAGUGAGGAGCUCCCAAAGGAUGUGGUGUCAUCUCAUGCCAGAACAGACAUGCUGGACAGAGACAGCUCAGAGUCCCCUGCUAGUUUCACCAUGGAGUUUAGCUCUGCAAAAGUCCAGCCAUGGAGCGAGGUCGAGAGCCAAAGCAAGGAACCCGAAGAAAGGGAGUCUUCCACCUGGUUCAAGGUCCCUAAGUUCAACCUGAAGCCACACUCCACAGGCUUCCUCCAGAUAACCCCCGAGGGUUCUCCUCAGGCCCAGCGGAAGGGGGAGGUGGCAGGUGAGGCUGAUGUCUCAGGGUCUUUCUGCCUUCACACCUCAGGGCUCGACUUUAGCACGCAAGAAAUAUCUGAGGAGCACCAAGCCUCCUCCGCUGAGGAGGGAACUGUCACCAUGGUGACCAAGACCACCAGAGUCACCCGUCACAUGGUUUCCUCUGAGAUACGAACAGGUGAAUCUUCAGCCACCACAACAACAACAACUCACAAGGUGUCGGACUUUAAAUACUGAGGAUGCUGUAAUCAUAUCUUAAAUGUCUUUAAAUCUUGUUGGGUUUCUUGGUGAGGUUGCAGUGUUCUUGUAGCCUAGGCUAAGCCUGCGAAGUGGCAAACCUCGAUUAGGUAAAGGUCUUUCUUUUUUAUUUUAAUGGGUGAGAUAUGAAUGUGAUGAAAAAACAGUUGCAUUUCAUCAAUCGGCAUCAUUGUCAUUAUAAAACCAACAGAGUAAUAUGUGCUUCCUUUCUUCUCAUUUUAAAUGUAAUUUUUGUAACUGUUGUUAGAGUUUUGUUAGUUUAGUUUGUAUUAUUUAUCAGAUUUUGUUUGGUUUUAAAGUUUUCACUCUGAAUGUAAACAUGUCACACUGCUUGAUUAUUUAUUGUUGUUUGUUCACAAUGCGCUGGAAUGAGUCAUUUACUCUCAUCAGUAUCAUGGAUUUGACAAUUAUUUGAACUGCAACAGUACAGGCCAGAGUAAUGUUCAUGUAAAUACAUCCAUAUCAUUGCUUUUAUGAAGCAGUAUUCCCUCGAUUAGAAAUGUAAUUAUUUUCAUAUUCACCAGUCAGGAGAAGAAGUUAUAUUGUGUGACCUAAUAAUAACCUGUUUUUUUGUCUUGAAGGAAAAGUGUGAGCUUUUUGAGAUUAUAGGCUAAUCUCAUUUGCUGCCAUAGUUUUAUAUUUGACGCAUUUAGCUGAUGCUGUUACCCAGAGACAGUCACGGUGCGUGAGCAGGACACUCUGGACUCUUUUCUUGCUGUGGGGAUCAGACCUGUGACUUCUGGUUGAAGGUUCAUACAUUUACUGUAGGCCACCCUGCUGCUAAUCAAUUUUAUAUUCAUGUUUUUACUGUAGACUGCCAAAAAACACACUGCUGUAUAUUUUGUGUGUUGACUCUUGGCUUCAAGAUACACAUCCUGACUGAUGCUGAUGUUUUGCAACUCAUCUGUGAACUAUGUUGUGUUUCAGAACAUCAAUAGCAGGCUCAGAGGACAUUUGGGGAUUAGGGUGCUGUUGGGUGCUUUAACAAAAUCACUGAGAUAAGGUCUACAUUUCAAACUGUAAAACUUUUUCUCUUGAAACUUAAAAAAUGGUCCUCAAAAAAUGAUGUUACUUUCAGGCUGCUACAAUGACAUUUCAAUUAUUGAUCAAAAUCAAAGUUGAGGUUAAGCCUUUUGCCAUCUUUAAAAAAAAAGUUUGUUGACUACACAUUUAGACAUGUAAAAUGAAUUCCCAAAUGCAAUAUAGUACCUACACAAACACAGCUUCUGUAAUGAUACUGGCAUCAAAGUAGAACUUUUUAAAGCUACCGAUUGUAUUCACAUCUCAUAGCCAUUGUCAGUUUCACAGGGUAUACAAUACAGAGCUACUUUUAAGGUGGAUAUAACGCAUUUGAGAAUGGACAGUCUUUCAUUAACAUAUUUUAAGACUGGGCCUGUUUCUCGGGUAGCAACAAGGUCAAGGUAACACACACCUAUUCAUUUCUAUUUGUAUUAGGAUUUUUACCUUUCUGAUUUAAUCAAGUCUUCAAGUUUCUUUUGGAUUAUAAAGGGUUUCAGUGCCAAGUGUUUUUGUCAAAGCUGCAUUGGAGAGAAUGUUUAAGAUGUCAAUAAAUAAUAAUCAAUAAAAUUAUAUAAUUUUAAA